UUACCUUUCAAAAUUGUUUGCAGGUGGUCUAAAAUUGCCUCUCAUUUACCUGGACGAACUGAUAAUGAAAUCAAGAAUCAUUGGAAUACACAUAUCAAGAAAAAAUUGAGGAAAAUGGGGAUUGAUCCGGUCACUCACAAGCCACUCUCUACAAACAUAGAACAGCCAGAAAAUCUGCCAAUUCAACAAGAAAAAGUACAAGAAAUAAUGCCACCUUGCACAGUAAAUUAUGUUUCAAUUGAUCAGUCAGCUAUUACAGAGAUCAAACUAGACGACGACAAGAUGGGGACAAGUAGUAUAAAUAAUAACAAUAACUUUGACUCAACUAUAGUGCAUGAAGUCAACAAUAAUGGCUUUUGUACUGAUGAAGUUCCAUUGAUUGAACCCCAUGAGAUUUUAGUCCCUUCUAAAUCAACCCCAUCAACAUCAUCUUCUUCUUCUUCAUCUUCAUCAUCCAACAUAAUUGAAGACUUAAAGUUUUUGCCAAGUUUUGAUGAUUGGCCAAUGGGAAAUGACAUGGGAUUUGGAUGGGAAAAUGAUUUCAGCAGCACAUUGGAUUUCUUGCUUAAUGAUGAUAAUGACAUGAAUAAUGUCACAUAUGAUGAAUCUUGGAAGUUUGAGCAACUCUUGUGAUAUAAGUUUCGUUGCGCGGAGUUUAAUUAAAAGCUUUUGUUUCUUUUGAUUGGC